AUGGAAAAUUAUGAUACUAUGAUGUAUGGCAAACCUAGUGAUUAUGUUGACUAUGAUCCAUCCAAGUCUAAAAGGAGUCAAUAUACUGAUUUCAAGAAACCAAUGAGUUUUGUAAAACAUGAAACUGUCCAAAACAAACCAGCAGAUAAUGAGUCCGAUCAGAAAAAUGAUACCGUGAUAAAUGCAGAAACCAAAACUGAAACAAAAACGGAACCGAUUAACAAACUCGCAGAGGAGAUGAAGGAAAGUUCAUCGAAUUCUAAUUCUGUUAAAAAUACUAACUCUUCUAGUUUGUCUGCAGAGUCAGUAAGAACUGAAGAAGAGUCUAAGGAGGAUGAUGAAUCACAUCAAAGUACUGCUAAUAAUGUUGUUUCUGAUAAAAAUGGCAUUUAUGCUUGGAACACUGUUUUUUCUUGGUUUGCUGAGACUUGGGGUGUUCCCACUAAGACUGAUGAAUUUGGUGCUAUUAUUUUAGAUUAUGCAUGUGAUAAGAAUGACUUUGUUAAAAAUGCUGAUAAUGUUGUGAAUGUUAAGAAUGAUGUGGCAGGAGAGUCUGAUGUGUCGUCUGAGGAAUUCGAAACAUCAGUUUCAAAUAACUCAGAAAACCAUUUUGAUAAUUCGGAAUACCACACCUGUACGUCGGAGACAUUAAACGACACAUCAGACGCGCCCUGUAACAAUGAUGAUUUUGAAGUAACUAAUUGUGAUAAUGAAAGAUGUACUGUUGAACAGGGAUCAUCUGAUGAUCUUGGCAAUCAAUCAGAGGAUUCAGGGAUUUCAGACAAUGAACUUAAAUCUUCGAAUGUUUCCGAUUGUGACAGUCAAUCAGAUUCUUGCAGCAUUGCUAGAGGAGAAAGUCAAGUUGUCCUCGACACAGACUACUCGUCAUCUGAAUUACCGGAAUCGUCUAAUGUCGAGAACUCAGAGGUUGAUCAGACUGAAGAAGAGACAUCCAUAGAGUCCGAUUCUGCAGAAACCCAUGGAAACAUGAAACCCAUGGAGAAGGAAUCCAUGGAAAUUGAUUCCAUAGUUGAAUCUGAUGAUGAGACUAUAGAAGAAAUUAUUAUGGAAACUUUCUCUAUGGAUGCUCCCGAAAACAUGGUCUCUGAGGAAACGGGAUCUGUGAAAGUCACUUCCAUAGACAGUUCAACUGAUGAUCCCAAAGGUGACCUUAACAAAACAGAACCAAUUGAAUCUGUUCCCUCCAAAAGGAAGCGGUCACGUAGAAACAGAAGGCCGAAGAGAAAGAAUGUUAAAAGGGAAAACACAAAUCUCAAGCAAACUAAGCCCAAGCUCAAGGGUAUAGUUGAGGAUACUGACUCUUGUGCUGACAGCUGCAAAGCGGGCUCUUCCAAGAAAAAGCACACUCCAAAGCACUCAGUGACAAAUGAACUGAAAAGACGUGAUCAGUUCUCGAGAAUAACGCAAGCCGGACUAAUGUUUUAA